CAUUAAAACAACAACUAUCUCAGAACUCUCCAAUUAAGGUUGUACCAAACACCUUGACUAAAAUUAAUUUGGCUCGUUUAUUUUCCAUAAAAUUUUGACAAAAUAUUUACUUUGACCCUUUGACAAAAAUAAAAAAAUUUAAAAAAAAACUUGAACCACACACUUUAUUGGAAAAAUUUCAUUGGAUAUAUAGCAGUUUGACAAACACUAAUUUUGAUCAUUGAGAAGCUUAAUAUUUCCUUCACAAUAGAAUGCGAUUAAAACGUUCAGCUGAUUUUUACAGAGUUAUCUCCCUGUAGUGUUAUUUACCAAUGUAAAUGUAAUGCAACAGCAAUGUAUAGUAGGUCUAGGUGUUGGUGAUAGAGGUGGUGGUGGAUGUGAUGGUGAUGAUGGUGGUGAUGAUGAUGGUGAUGAUGGUGGUGAUGAAGGUGGUGAUGAUGAUUGUGAUGAUGGUGGUGAUGAUGGUGAUGAUUGUGGUGAUGAAGAUGGUGAUGAUGAUGGUGGUGAUGAUGGUGAUGAUGAUGGUGAUGAUGGUGGUGAUGAAGGUGGUGAUGAUGAUGGUGGUGAUGAUGGUGAUGAUGGUGAUGAUGGUGAUGAUGAUGAUGGUGAUGAUGGUGAUGAUGGUGAUGAUGAUGGUGAUGAUGAUUGUGAUGAUGGUGGUGAUGAUGGUGAUGAUGGUGGUGAUGAUGGUGAUGAUGGUGGUGAUGAUGAUGGUGAUGAUGGUGAUGAUGGUGGUGAUGAUGGUGAUGAAGGUGGUGAUGAUGAUUGUGAUGAUGGUGGUGAUGAUGGUGAUGAUGGUGGUGAUGGUAGUGAUGAUUGAGGACCAGAACAUUUCAAUGUAAUAUGAAUAUUACCCUUCAUGCUUUGUAAUAGACCGACACACUGAGCCAGAUAUUUUACGUGCUAGUUCACAAGGUAACAAUUUGGUUGAAGACCUGUCACCUUACCUGGACACAUUAUUCUGACUCAUAGCCAACCAGUCUUUAAUUGCUCUUACUCCUUAAUGCUGUGUGCUUUGCGGAUAAGCAGCAAAUACCAAUUUUAAAGUCUUUGGUUUGACCCAGUCAGGGUCUGAACCCACAACCUCCCUCACUCUAGGCAAACACGCUACCAUGAUACCACAAAAUAUGAAAUUCAUAUAUAAUAGCUAUAAAUAUAA